ACACAAAAUGGAAUGUAAAAUGUAAACGUCAUUUAAUUGUGCUGAAGUGUAUGUUGUGUUACGUUUCCAACAACAUUCAGUGAUUCUGAAAUGUUAUGAUUACGCUAUAUGGAUAUAUUUGUUUAUAUCGUUGUGUCUAAUGUGUAAUCAAGAUGAAUUGGUUCGAUACUUCAGGAUUGACAAGUUUAGCUAAAACUGCUCUCAAAGAGGCCCAGAAAACCAUCGAUAAAGCCUUAGAUAUUACUGAUGAAAGCAGCGAGGAGCAUGACGAUGAACCCGUUCCCAUUAAGCCGACGAAAUCGUUGAGUAGCGGCAAUACUCCUCAAAAAGACAGCUCCGAUUUCUUUGCUUCAUGGGGGCUAACCGUUAGUGCCGAAAGCUCAAAAGAUCCGAUAAAGGAGCAGCCGGUGGUCACCGAGAGCCCUUCUAAGUCGAACUCUCAAAGCUUGUGGGGAUCUUUUGCAGGUUCCUUUUUUGAGCAACAACAACAAAAAGCAUCCGAAAGUGAAUCUGCCAUUGUUCGACCACCUAAAGCUAAAUCUAUGACUGUGAUUGCUGACAGUAAAUAUGGCAGCCAGGAUGAUCUGUUUUCCAGAAGUCAGCUAGUAAUGUCCGAUGGUGCAGAUUGCUUGGACACAAAGAAAGAUGAUUUAAUUUCUAAAUUUGAUAACAGACGUAACUCUUCGUUAUCUCACAGACUCUCCCUUGUUUCAAGUAGAAAUAGCUCCGACUCUGUGGAGGUGUUAUCUCACAGCUUAAAAACUACUCCUGAUUCUGAAGUUUCUGUGCACACAAUUUCAAAUAGUAGCAGCGCAGGCCAAAAACAAACAUCAGAGUCAGUUGAAAUACUGCCGGAUAGUCUCAUUAGCCCUAGUUCUAUAGAAUGCCUCGGCUUUGAUAGCUAUGCAAGUGAUAAAAACAGUAGUACCUCUUCGAAUGUUUCACCAGGUGACAUAUCAGAUAAAAAAUCAACACCGCUCGGUGAAGCCACAGAGAGAGCAGAGACAGCUGACAGUGUGAGCUUGGUUGCUGAUGAUGAUGAAGAUACUAUGUCAUACAAUUCCAUCUCAGAAUGUACUGCCCCUACUGUCCUGGACACAGAUGAAAAACCCAUCAGCCCUUUCCCCAAACUUAAAAAUGAUAUACAUAAAAAAGUUGCAGACAAAGAACCAAUCCACUUGGAGCACCCAAUAUUGUCUCAAAAGAUGCAAAUCAGUGAGAACUCAUCUAAUGACGGAUCCUGGUCCGACAGGACAUUAAAUGCUGACAAUGAUAGCAUAAUUCUAGAAGCCACAGAAGACCACAACAAAGAAGUAGACCAUGAGGAUGCCCUUAUGGAAAAAUUAAGUGAUUCCUCAUCAUUUUACAAUGUGAAUGUUAGCACAGAUUUACUAAGAUCAGAAAGUUCAACCUUUGUUAAUAUUGAGAAGCAACAGUCCAGUGUUCCAGGCAGCAGCGAUUCGUCACAAAAAGAGAGCAUCAAAGAACGGACAUCUCCCAUCAGUUCAGACAGCAAAAGUGAUUUAGUCAAAAUUGGAUCUGACCGUACAUCGGGGCACACGUCCGGAGAUGAAGUGGAGACAGCCACGUCAUCCGACAUUGAAAUAAUACCAAGCCCAAACGGUGAUAAUGGUCACAACUUUUGUAGGAAUAGUCCAGGAAAAUACAACAUUAAGCAAGGCAAGUUUGAUGGCACAACAUCUCCAAAUCUGGUGGAUUUAGUAUUGGGAAAAUCUCUAGCCACAAAAAUACGUGGUCACAACAGAGAAUUGUCGGAAGCAUCUGUUCAAAGCAACACAAGUGAUGAGAGCCAAGGCUCAGAAAAUGAUCGUCUGAUGCGGAGACUAUGUGAAAUGGCAGAGAUUUUAGAUGCAAGAGAGAGCAGGCUAAUGGAAGUAAGUCGAAGUAAUGCUGAGCUUAUUGAAAGCAACAGCAAUUUGAAGAGUCAGAUGGAGUCGCUGCUGGCAAAGCAUGAUGCAGGCGACAUCAAUGUAAUCACAGAAGAUUAUACACAAAGGAUGUCGGCAUUAGAAAAAAAAUUUCAGCAGGCUAUUAGAGAAAAGGACCAACUACGUAAGGAGUUGGACAAGCUGAAGACGGAGGCGACGCGCAAGGGUACCUCUGAGCUGGAGGAGGGAAUCAAGGAGCGGGACGAGGUGAUAGCGCAGCUGCAGGAGGAAGGCGAGCAGCUGUCGCGCCAGCAGCUGCAUCAUUCCAACAUCAUCAAGAAAUUGCGCGCCAAGGACAAGGACAAUGAACAGGUCAUCAAGGGCUUGAGGGACAAGAUUUCGGAGCUAUCGUCGGAGCUGGACCGUUCGAAACGGGCGGCGGCCGCCAAGGAGGAGCUGGAGGUGAGCCAGAUCGAAGCGGUGUACCGGCUCACCAACGCGAACAAGAAAAUGGAGACCGAGCUCAUUGAGACUAGGAGUGCGCUGGAGGACACGCUGGAGAAGUUGGAUAGCGCGCGCACCUCGCUGGAGGGCGCGCGGCGCGAGCUGGCCGAGCUGCGCCGCGCGGCCGCGGAGGCGAAGCGCGCCCGCGUCGCCGCGCAACACGCGCACGACCAGUGCCAGCGCGCGCAGCACGACGCCGACUCGCUGCGCGCCCAGCUGCACCAGCUGCGUCUCGACCGCACCAAGGAGGAGCAGAGCUGGAGGGCGCGCGAGGAGGCGCUGCGGCGCGAGGCGGCGGAGGCGCGCGAGGCGGCGGCGGCGGGCGGCGCGGCGGGCGGCGCGGCGCGCGGCGAGUGCGAGCAGUGCGGGGCGGGGGCGGGGGCGGGGGCGCUGCUGGCGCAGCUGGCCGCGCUGCAGCGCUCGGCACUGGAGCGGGAGCGGGCACACAGCGCGGCGGCCGCGGCGAGGCAGAGGGUGCUAGAGGAGGCGCAGACGAGCGCGGCGAAGGCGGGCGAGCGGGAGCGGCUGGCGCGCGAGGAGGCGGCGGGUCUGCGCGCGCAGCUGGCGGCCGCAGAGGAGCAGGUGGAGGCGGCGCGCGCGCAGCAGCUGGAGCUGUCCGAGCACUGCCAGCGCGCGCUGCAGGCUCAGCGACGCGCAGAGCUGGACCUCGCGGACAAGUCGGAGGAGCUGGAGCGCGUGCGUGCGGAGUGCGAGGCCAGCUCGGCGGCGCUGCAGGAGAAGCUGCAGCAGCUGGAGACGCAGCUUCAGGCCGCGCGCCUCCAGCUUGACACCGAGCGCAAGCGCAGUGAGAUCCUGCAGGAGCAGGCGUCGCGCGGGGACGUAUCUCCGCCGCACUCGCUGGCCUCAGACACACUCUCCGCCUCGCUCUGGCCUACGGAGGAGGGCGGGCGCUCGUCGCCCGUGUCUGUGGUGGGUGCGGGGGGUGUGGUGGGUGCGGGGGGUGCGGGGGUCGUGUCUGCGCUGGGUGUGGAGGACGCGCUGGCGGCGGUGUCGCGGCGCGAGGGGUCGGCGCGGGCGAUGGCGGGCACGCUGGCCGCGCUGCGCACCGAGCGCACCGCACUGCGCAACCAGCUGGCGGACCUGCACGCCCAGCUGCAGGACCACCAGAGCCUGCAGGAGCAGUACGACGCGCUGCUGCAGAUGUACGGGGAGAAGGAGGAGCAGCUGGCGGAGCUGCGCCUGGACCUGCAGGACGUCACGCAGCUGUACAAGGCGCAGCUGGACGAGCUGGUGGCGCUGCGAGCGCAGCAGAGGUAGCCCCGCCCACAACACACCGCGCCCCGCCCCCUGACACACCCCCUGACACGCCCCCGCCUGCACUGCUCAUAUCUUUGUCUAAAAUGUUGAGUAUUUCCAAUAAUAAUAUGUCAACUUUAGAUAUUAAAUGUAUGUCGUCAGUUUUGGGGAGUUCUUGGCCAACAAA